AUGACAUGUGUACCAUACCUAGACGAUAUUAUCGUGUUCAGUAAAUCUUUUGACGAACACAAUGAACAUCUUCGGAAAGUGCUUCAACGCCUUAAAGCACACGGUGUCAAACUAAAACCGAAGAAAUGUACUAUAUUUAAACGCGAGGUUUUGUUUCUCGGAAGAAUCAUGUCAGAAGGAGGAUACAAUUUGGACCAAUCGACGGUUGCUCCAAUUCUUCGCAUGAAAGAAAUACCACCAAAGACUGCAAACAAAGUCCGUAAACUAAUGGGGUUCCUAAACUAUUAUCGUCGGUAUAUUGAGAACUUUUCAAGAAUCGCCAAACCAAUUUACGACCUUGUCAAGCCUAGUCGACCACGAUAAAAAUUAUGCUACCCCCAACCGGAAAUAUCGCAAUCAGCCACCUCCAAACCAACAAAUCUCUUGGAUGCCAACCCAUCAAUCGACCUUGGAGAGGCAUUCAAUGUCUUGGGAACGUUCCAGUAAUGGCUUACCCUGAACCUAAUUCUUCCUUCGUUUUGCACACCGACGCAUCCGAACGCGGUUUGGGCGCUGUACUGUACCAACAACAGAAUAAGAUUCUACGUGUCAUCGCUUACGGUUCCCGCACGUUAACGACCAAGGCGAAGGGAGAGAGGGCGUAGAAACGGCCAUACAUCGAGCGGACCCAUCCGUGAUGCGGGCUUCGCGGCGGGUAAGACGUUCUAAUUGUAAACAAAUAUGGCUACGCGUAUAUGACCCAUCAGAAGGUAUGUUGAAACUAUGCUUAAUAAAAUAUUACUUGCGUAAAAUUUAUAUGUUUUUGUUACUUUUAGCAAUUAUAAGAAACUUAAAGAUAAGAUUUAAGUAACCAAAAACUUUAUUUCGAGUGUUAUUUUAUUUCUAUACUCUGUUUAAUUUGGUGUUUAAAAAUGGCCGUCGAGAUGUUGUAAGAGAGUGUUAGCGCGCACUGCUUCCUGAUAAAAACCCAAUGAUUUCCAAAACCUAAAUUAUAAUUUGCUAUUAAGUUAUGAUGAAAACCUUUGUGUAUACAAAAUUAUAGAGUGAUCAAAUAUGAGACAGAUAGGUUUUGAACCUUUCAAAGUUCGAGUUCGAAUUGACAGUUGAAAUAGUACCAAACUCCAAGCUGAAAUGUGCAACUUUAUCGUGUAUAUUUUUGUCAAUUUUGUUUACUGGCCUUUGUUAAAUUCACUUGCAAUGGCUCGACAUAAGUUACAACAUACAAACUGAGCAGAGCCCAUAAAAAAGCAAUCCAUACCCCUACAGUCAUUCAGCUUCCUUGCUAUUUUAGAAGUGCAUGGUUGCCCAUUAGUCGAAGAAUUGCUAUUGUAUGCGCUUGUUUGCACUUCCUUUCCUAAAAAAAGUCUACAAUAUUAAGGCUAAAUAGCAGAAAAAUAUGACCCAAUAAUCCAUGCAAUUAAAAAUAUCUAUCAAAUUAACUUCAAAAAUCAUGACCAAUCAUGAUUUGAGGAAUUAUAUCUAUUCAGGCAACCCAUAAUUUAGUGACAGGUCUUGGCAAGGUGAAAGCUGAAAGGAACCCUUAAGAUGGGUGUACUACAAAACUAUAUUGACUGAAGUUUUGGAAACAUUUAACUAAAUUUUAAAGGAUUGACUUGCAAACUGUGAUUCAGUAUCAUGGAAUUUUACACUUCUGGAGAAGUUGUGGCUCUGUUAGUGCCAUUUCUUUCAUUGUUUAUAUAUCUUGCUUUUAAGCAUUGCUCGCUUAUAAAAUCUUUCAAUUCCUUGGGCCUGUUUAUAUGAUCCCGCCUAGAUGGGAUGGGACGUUUUCAUCCUGCCAAGACAGGAUACUCGCCUAGUGUUUAUAUGGACAAAAUACAUUGCCGGGAUGAAACCAUUCGGUGCUUGACGUCAUAUUUUUGUUGCAAUAAAGGCAUUUACGCAUGCCCAAAAGGGAAAAAUUCAUUCCGCCUAACCGGGAUGAAGUGUUUUUAUAUGGGAAUUUUUCAUCUCUCGCUUAGGCAGGAUGAAGUGUUUUUAUAUGGGAAUUUUUCAUCUCGCUUAGGCAGGAUCCCGGCAUCUGUUGCCAAAAUCCAGUCUAGGCGGGAUAAGUGGCGGGAUCAUAUAAACACUCUUUAGCAUUUGUAUUACGAGCGGGAUCUCGGUAAGCAUCCCGUCCCGCCUGGCCGGGAUCAUAUAAACAGGCCCCUAAUCUCAUCCCAUGAUACUGAAUCACAGUUUGUAAGGCCCCUUUUACACGAGACCAGGAUGAAACCAACCUGGAAAAUUGAAAUUGCAUGUCAACAUGUUUACAUGAGACCAGUAUGAAAAUCACAAAAUUUUCAAUUUAUUCCCCUUGCCAGGCAAUUUUCUUUUUUAGAUGACUUUUGUUAGCAUGUGUUGUUCACUUGUUCCAAUGUCAACAUUCAUUCCAGUCUGAAUUCAUACUGAUCUGAGUCAGUCGGCUUGGUCCAGCAGGUGGAAUGACUUGAGACCUCAUGUAAACAUCUAUUAUAUAUAAUAUGACCAAAACGAAAUGGUCCCGGUUAAUAUUAUAUAUAAUCUAAUGACCAAAACGAAAUGGUCCCAGUUAAUAUAAUAAAAUCCUAAUAAAAUCCUUCAAAAGUUGGCUAAAUUUUUCCAAAACUUCAGUCAAUAUAGUUUUGUAGUACACCAAUCCCAAGAUCUGUCACUAAAUUAUGGGUUGAUUGCCUGAAUAGAUAUAAUUCCUCAAAUCAUGAUUUUUGAAGUUAAUUUGAUAGAUCUUUUUAAUUGCAUGGAUUAUUGAGUCAUAUUUUUCUGCUAUUUAGCCUUAAUAUUGCAGACUUUUUUCAGAAAAGGAAGUGCAAACAAGCGCAUACAAUAGCAAUUCUUCUUCAACUAAUGGGCAACAAUUUCUAAAUAGCAAGGAAGCUGAAUGACUGUAUGGAUAUGGACCAUGGAUAGCUCUUUCAUGGGCUCUGCUCAGUUUGUAUGUUGUAACUUAUGUCGAGCCAUUACAAGUGAAUUUAACAAAGCCAGCGAACGAAAUUGACAAAAAUAUAUACGAUUUAGUUGCACAUUUCAGCUUGGAAUUUGGUACUAUUUCAACUGUCAAUUCGACCUCGAACUUUGAAAUGUUCAAAACCUAUCUGUCUCAUGUUUGCUCACUCUAUAAUUUUGAAUACGCAAAGGUUUUCAUCAUAACUUAAUAACAAAUUAUAAUUUAGGUUUUGGAAAUCAUUGGUUUUUUAUCAGGAAGCAGUGCGCGCUAACACUCUCGGACAACAUUUCGACGGCCAUUCUUAACCACCAAAUUAAACAGAGUAUAUAAAUAAAAUAACACCCGAAAUAAAGUUUUUUGUUACUUAAAUUUUAUCUUUAAGUUUCUUAUAGUAGCUGAAAGUAACAAAAACAUAUAAAUUUUACACAAGUAAUAUUUUAUAAAGCAAUAGUUUCAGCAUACCUUCUGAUGGGUCAUAUACGCGUAGCCAUAUUUGUUUACAAUUAGAACGUCUUACCCCCCGCGAAGCCCGCAUCACGGAUGGGUCCGCUCGAUGUAUGGCCGUUUCUACGCCCUCUCUCCCUUCGCCCUGUUAACGACAGCUAAGAAAAACUACCACUUCAUUCCGGCAAGUUAGAAUUUCUCGCUCUAAAGUGGGCUAUUUUCGAACAGUUCAGAGACUAUCUUUACUAUGAGCUAAGUUUUGUUGUUUUCACCGAUAACAAUCCAUUGACAUAUGUCUCGUCUACGGCCAAAUUAAACGUAACAGGACUUAGGUGGGUAGGAGAGUUAGCAGAUUUCAACUUCAUCAUUCGUUAUCGACCUGGCAAAGCAAACGCUGAUGCCGACACAUUAUCUCAAAUGCCAAAAGAUAUGGACAACUACAUGAAACUAUGUACUGAAGAAACGACACAAGACGAGUUACGGACAAUAAUCCAAACGAUCAACUGAUCAACGAUCUAACUAUCCUAAAUGUCGACGCAGCAAGAACUUUAAAGAGCAACAGAUCAACAUUGGAAGUUGAUGGCAUACGACAAGCUCAAAUCGAAGUUAGUAUUAUUGGUAAAGUGCACUCCUUUAUCAAAGCAGACAAGCGACCUACGACAAGUCAGCGAGCCCGUGAAUCAACCGACACACAAUCGCUUCUCCACGAAUGGCAGAGACUAUCAACUGGUUCAGACAGGGUGUUAAAGCGAAAGAAAGGAACACACGACCAAAUAGUCCUACCCAGAAAGUACCACGCAAUGGUACUAAGAGAACUGCACGACAACAUGGAUCAUCUUGGUUCUGAUCGUGCUCUAUAUCUAGCCAGAGAUCGGAUCUACUGGCCUCGUAACUAA